AUGGAUCUGGACGGUGAUUUGGAGCAGAGGCUCCGGCGACUCUGGCAGGUUUUGGAACAAAAAGGAUUGGUUGGGAAGAAGCUGGCAGUUUUCACUGAAGAUGAUGCUACAGAGAUUGCAAGUCAAGUGUGUGCUGAACUAGGGAUUAUUUGCGAGGCUGUUUUUGUACAACAUAUGGAGGUUUGGAUCAGAGAUGCCAGAAGAUGUGAACCUUUAAACAAGCGGCUUCGAGGGGACCACAUUUUGGAUCCACUGCAUGCACAGAUUUUGCAAGAUAGGAAGGUUCAGAUUGGAUCUGGAAAACCUUCAGGUGGUAGUACGGCAGCGGCUUCAACUCAACAUUUCGUUUCAGAGAGACCAGAGAGACAGCAGUUUCUGGAUCCAGAUGAGGCUCAAGCCCGUGCCAAGAAGGAGACGGAAACGAAAGACCGUUGGGCCAAGGAGUUGUACUUGGAGCUUAAGAAGAUGGAUGCCCCUGCACUUGGAGAGUUGGAGCACUGUGUCAGCGCAAAACAUUUGCAUCUAGCUUUAGCAGGCAGGACACGCGCCUCGACUUUGAAGAGGUAUGUCAAGGCCUGGAAACUAUGGUUGCAAUGGAUGGAAGCGGUGAAGGGUUCCUACGUGGCAGGUACAGCUGGAGACUUAGUGGAAUAUUUAUUCUGCAGGUACGAUGAGCCAUGUGGACCGACAGUGCCGGUUCUGAUAGUCAAAGCAGUCACAUGGAUGGAGAAGACUGCAUGUGUGCGAAGGGAUGAUCAGGUGGGCUCAUCCCAGGUGGUUGCUUCUGUCAGGGACUACAUUGUAGAAAUGCUUUCAAAAGAUUCACCACCCUUGAAAAGGGCCCCGAGGUAUCCGUCGGCAAUGCUGGAAGCAUUGGAAGAGGCUGUGGAGGACCAGACGUUGGUAGCUGGAUUGCGUGUAGUAGCCUGGAUCAAACUGGUGAAAUCUUGGGGAACCCUGAGAUGGGAUGAUGUGCAGAAGAUCUCACCGAGUGAGCUGCGUUAUUCAGGGAACCGAUUGACAGCCAUUUUGAGGGUAACAAAGACUACAGGCCCCACAAAAAGGGUCCAAGAGCUUCCACUUUGCAUUUCAGAGUUUGCUUACAUUGCAUCACCAUUUUGGUUGAAGACAGGUUUUGAUUUGCUGAAGGAAGGUGCAGAUUUCCGGAGGGAUUAUUUACUUCCGAAGUUGACAGCAGACUUGGGAGGCUUUCGAAAGGUGAUGGCCUCAUACAAUGAUGUGGUGUCAUACUCUGCACGACUGCGAAAGGUUUUGAAACGUCAUGGAACAGAGCAGCAGCAAAUGGACCCAAUACUGUCAACCUUUUGGACUGAACAUUCGGAGCGUGCAACCUUGCCGACAGGAUUGGCCCUAUUACGCAUUCCUAAGGAAGAGCGUGAUUUGCUGGGACGUUGGAAGCCUGAUGGGUCGGACACUUACAUACGUAUGUAUAGUGGGGUUGUGACAAAGUUGCAGCAGCAGUUUGCAAAGGCAGCUAGAGACAGAAGACGUUUUCGUAUUCUGGAUGAACAGGAAAUUCUUGAAUCAGCGAUCUCAUGGUUGACUGACAGAGUGGAUGUUUGGAGUGAUCCUGACAUCAAAGCGGCAGUCCAGUGGUUGGAGGACUCAAUGCGCUGGGAACCACAGGGUCUUUGGGAAACUAUGGAUGGCGAAAACUCAAGUAAUGUUGAAAACUCAGAGGCCACUGGGGUGAAAACAGUAGAGACAGAACCAGAGAGAGAAGUGAGAGAAGCUCGUGAUGCAGCUUACAUAGUAGUGGCAGUUAAUGGCCGUUGCAAGCGGCUGCACAAGGUGAAGGGAGGAGUCGAGCUCAUCGAGUUCAUCCACAUCUUCGUCAAACUCUCAGAGUUCUUCUUCAGAAAGUAG